GAGUUCUGUGUUGAAAACUGAAGGUGAUAGUAAUUUAGGGCUAGAACUAGCACGGUUAAUUAAGUUAUAUAGAUAUUAAAAAUCGAAUUAAUAAAAAUGUGUGAAGACUGUGUUAAAGAAGAGUACCCUGACCGAGGCCGAAUGUGCUUGGAUACAGGCUCUUAUCUUUUAAACUUCAGAAAAUGUUAUUUUUGUGACCAUAAGGAAGAAAUGCAAGUUAUAAACAAGCAACAAAAUGGCCAGGACUCGGAAGAAGAGUUUGUAACAUAUGAACAUGUUUGCUCACAUUGUAACCAUGUGAUUGCUAGUCAUGAGUACUGUUUCAGGGUGGAUGGUGAUUUUCAGGAAUACGAGAUGGACUGUAUGCUGUGUGGUAGAGGUGAAGAUGUAGUAACCAUUCUUCCUGAUGAUAUGCGUAUGGAACAAGAAUUAUGAUCUAUUCAUAUUGGUAUACUUAGAAAGUAUGCUUUCAAUAUAUUAAAUGCUUCUAUUGAAAGUAUUAUGUGGUCUAGAUGCUUGCAAAAGGUAUUUAAUAGCCACUAACUAAAGAUAAGUAAAAAAACAAUCAUGAACAAUGUCUUCUUUAAUCACUGGUACUAUAUUUAAUAGCCAAUAUUAUGUAUAGUACCAGGGAUUACAGAAGACAUUGUUUAUGAUUAUGUUUUUCAAUUGCCUUUACUCAUUGUGCUUGACUUCUUUAAAAUGGAAUUAACCAUUUAUUAUUGGGAGUAUGCUCUAUAUCUAUUUUAAUGGGCACCAACUAACAUUUGGACAAUAAUUCAAACAUUAAAUUUAAGUAACUAGAAAGGUAAUUAUAUAGUUAUAGUCAUGAAAUAAGUAGAAAUCACUAUAAAAAAGGAUGAAGAUAUAUGAUAGGUUUAGACCUUUGAGUGUUAACUUAUUAACAGACCAAUUAUAGUUGCACAUUGAAUCUGGGAAUAGAGUAUGAAAUACUCUAGGAUUGUUCUGUAUCACUGUAAAAAUAAAGUUUGUCAUGUGAUGGGCACUAAGGGUCUUAGUAUAUUAGUUUUGUAUGAAAAUGUUUGUCAUAAAAAGAAAAGCUUUAUGGAAACAGUAAAUGUUUGUAGUAGCCUAAACGUGUAAAAUGUCAUCAGAUUUUUCAUGAUGUUUUAGCUUAUAGUAAAAACUGUGAUGUAAUACCCAUUACCAUUGUACAAUACUAAUAAAAUAACUCAUUUGUUAUUUUUAUACCAACAGCUAUGACUUCAGGAAUUUGUACUUGUAAAAAUGCUAGUUUAGGAAUGUUUUUGCUAUAUUUCUUGAAAAUAAAAUUAGAAAAUAUUUCCUCUUUAUAGCUUAAUUUCCUCUGUACAACAUAAGAAUAAUCUUUUUCAUAUCAAUAAUUAUAAAGUUUAUGUACAUACUUGACUUUUUUUUAUUUCAUAGAACAAAUGGCAAUGAAAAUAUUUAAGUAAUGCUUGUAGUAUGAAAAAUUGUUUGACAUGAAUAAAUUUGUUUGUGUGUA